GAGGCGGUGCGCUGGAGUCGCGCCGGGCAACCCACGCCUGGGCGCACUAGUCCCGCGCUGUCCUUUAGCUCCCGGUCUCUCUCUCUUCUUUGCCCCGCACUGAGCAGAGACACCGGACUGGGGCAUCAGCAGCAAGUCCUCUCUCUGGAAAGGUGACUGCCGUUCUCUUCUCGUCUUCUAUUUCUUCUUUCUCUUCCUCCUCCAUCUCCAUCCCACCCGCCUCUUCUCCAUGGCUCUGGCGGACAGCACACGUGGAUUACCCAACGGGGGCGGCGGCGGCGGGGGCGGCAGCGGCUCCUCGUCGUCUUCGUCGGAGCCUCCUCUGUUCCCCGAGAUCGUGGAACUGAACGUGGGGGGCCAGGUAUAUGUGACCCGGCGCUGCACCGUGGUGUCCGUGCCGGACUCGCUGCUCUGGCGUAUGUUCUCUCAGCAGCAGCCGCAGGAACUGGCCCGGGACAGCAAGGGUCGCUUCUUUCUGGACCGGGACGGCUUUCUCUUCCGCUACAUCUUGGAUUACUUGCGGGACUUGCAGCUUGUGCUGCCUGACUACUUCCCGGAGCGCAGCCGGCUGCAGCGGGAGGCUGAGUACUUCCAGCUUCCCGAACUCGUGCGACGCCUCGGGGCUCCCCAGCAGCCCGGGCCAGGCCCGCCGCCGCCCCACUCUCGGCGUGGGGUGUACAAAGAGGGCUCCGUGGGGGGCGGAGGCGACGAGCUUCUGCCCCUGGGUUACCUGGACCCGGAGCAGCAAGAGGGCGCCUCCGCAGGGGCGCCCUCACCCACCCUGGACCUAGCUAGCCGCAGCCCAUCCGGUGGCGCCGGGGGCCCGUUGCUUACCCCAUCCCAGUCCUUGGAUGGCAGCCGGCGCUCGGGCUACAUCACCAUCGGCUACCGGGGCUCCUACACCAUCGGGCGAGACGCUCAGGCGGACGCCAAGUUCCGGCGGGUGGCGAGGAUCACAGUCUGUGGCAAGACCUCGCUGGCCAAGGAGGUGUUUGGUGAGACCCUGAACGAGAGCCGAGACCCCGACCGGCCCCCAGAGCGCUACACCUCUCGCUACUACCUCAAGUUCAACUUUCUGGAGCAGGCCUUCGACAAGCUUUCUGAGUCCGGCUUCCACAUGGUGGCCUGCAGCUCCACUGGCACCUGCGCCUUCGCCAGCAGCACAGACCAGAGCGAAGACAAGAUUUGGACCAGCUACACCGAGUACGUCUUCUGUCGGGAGUGAGCCAUUUGGACACCCUCUUUCCUUUAGCCAUUCCCUCCGCCCCUUCCAUGCAUCUGUGUGGAAUAUGAUUUCCCCCCACUACCCCCUACCUCCACAACCAUUCUUUACUCCACUACAACAGAAGCUUUCUGUUAUGACUUCUUGUCCCUAACAGCCCACCUCACCCUUUAACUUUGGUCCCAGCUCUCGAACUUGAAGUUUGAUCCUUUUUCUUUGCUGAUCUUUUGGCUCCUAUUGAGAAGGGUUGAAAGGCACCUUUCCCUCCUUCUGCCUGGUUUUCAGACACGUCUGUCCAGGUCUCACCCCCUCCUUCUCCCUCCUCUAUCUUCUUUCUAGCUUCUCUUAAACCUGGAUCAAGUAAGACAAGGUUGUCAAAAAACAAAACAACAACAAAAAGAAAACUACCGCACCAAAUACUUUGGACUUGAUAACAACGCCUGGAACUGUUCAAAUUCGAUGGGAAAGUAUCCAGGGUGUUGGAGAAAAUAACAUUCCUUGAAAUCUUCUCAAGUGCUUGUGACUCAUAGGUGGUCAGAGGGUUCUAAAUUGGUAAUAUUAAAGUCUGAGGAAAGUUGAUGAUUUAAAAAGGUUAAUACAGCCUUUUUGGACUUCCUUUAAUUGGUAGAUUUUUAUUGGGUGCAAAGGCUGUUAUAGACUGGGACUGCAAGAGGCUGUUCUGGAAUGAGUCACUUUGGGUGGUACAAUUGAAUUACUAUAAAUGAAUAAAGUCUUUAAAAAUGU